AUGCUCUCAAGUGUUGCUGCAAUGAAGGCACCCCGCACACACAACCGUCGCUGCGUGACCGGAUCCAGCGGAAGGAGGAGGGAAGGAGGAGAGAGUGAGCCGCCGAGGCCCAACAUGUCGCGGCGUGUGUUUACUUCCGCGGUGCUGCUUCUUCUUUUUGUGAUGACGUGCUGUGGGAGUGGUGGAGCUGCUUCUGCUGGGGGGAGUAAUGUAAAGAAAGCAGUUGAUGCGUUGAGGGGGAUUGGAUGGGAAAAGCUUGACAACUGGGAGGAUGUUUCUGGCGCUGGUGGUAAAUAUGGCUCGCUUCGUGGUCCCAGUCUCGUUGAUCUGCAGGGUCAUGUAUUUGCUAUUGCUGAAGUCCAUUGCAGGGAUGGAGGCGAAUGCAGCGACGUCAGCUUUACUGGGAUUGCGUCAAAGUACCUUGAUUUAAGUGGUGUUGCUGAUCCAACGGAGAUCUUGACGGCAGAUGCGAGUAUCUUUGGCGCAGAUCUUCUAAAGGAAGGGUCUGAGGGUAUCGGCGCCAGAAACGGCAUAACGCGACCAACGACACUUGUACUUGGGGAAAGCGUUUACGUGCUCCUGGGAAACUACAGCCAUACAAGGCCGCAGGUUGGGGGCACGAAUGAGCGGGGCCUUUUA